AUGAGGUACCUGGGUCUCACCCUGGACGGGAGGUGGGCUUUUGAGGCUCAUUUUGCAGAGCUAGCCCCAAGAGUCGUGAAAGCCGCCGCCUCACUGGGAAGGCUGCUGCCGAACGUGGGUGGUCCGAGCGCCCAUUGCCGUCGGCUGUACUCCGGGGUCAUCCGGAGUAUGGCCAUGUACAGGGCACCCAUCUGGGCGGACGCCCUCGGUCGCGCCAACAAAAUCCAGCUGCGACGGCCGCAGCGGGUCAUCGCGACGAGGGCGAUACGCGUACCAGAUACGAGGCCACUGAUGAAAGCUUUGGGAUUCUAUGAAGACACGUACUUGAAUUUCACUGAACUGACUACAAAAUAUGGAUAUCCAACGGAAGAGCACACAGUUUUGACACAAGAUGGAUAUCUCUUGACUGUUUUCAGGAUACUACCUAAAUGUAUAGACAAACAGAAACUUCCAGUUAUACUGGGACACGGAUUGUUUGACAGUUCAGACGCCUGGAUCGUGACUGGCCCAGAAACAGGAUUAGGAUUUAUUUUGUCUAAAAACUGUUACGAUGUUUGGGCAACUAAUUUCAGGGGCAACACUUACUCCCGAAAUCAUGUACGAUUAGACCCAAAUACGGAUCCAGAUUAUUGGGAGUUCUCUUUCCACGAAGUUGGCUACUUCGAUAUGCCAACAAUAAUUGACUAUGUUUUAAAUAAAACAGCGCAAUCACAAGCAUAUUACGUUGGUCACUCACAAGGUACUACGAACUUCUUCGUCAUGGGAUCUCUAAGACCAGAGUAUAAUGAUAAGAUUAGACUAUCGAUUCAGUUAGCUCCUAUUGCGUGGAUGAAAAAUAUAACUGUUCCAUUUGCAAAUUUACUUUCUCGCGAAUCAAAAAAUAUUAAGGAUCUUCUUUAUACUAUAGGAUUUAGAGAACUAUUUGCAAAGCAACAGUUGACACAUACUAUAGUAGAACUAGUAUGUCAAUUUGUUCCACAAGCAGUGUGCGGCACGUUUUUAUCUUUAACGACCGGUUAUGUGUACGGAAGUAUAACAUCAAAGAAUUUAGCUGUCAUUAUGGGCCAUCUUUUGGUAGGUGUUUCAGUUAAAACACUGACUCAUUUCGCCCAGUUGAUUGUUUCUGGACACUUUCAACAAUACGAUGAAGGUUUGGAAGGGAACAUUAAGAAAUAUGGUACAUUUAAACCUCCUAAAUAUAAUGUUUCACGUAUUUUAUCUCCCGUGGUAUUAAUCUGUGCUGAAAAUGAUAAUUUGUCGACUUUAGGAAAUAUUAAUAUUUUGAGUUCAAGACUGCCAAACCUAGUGGACAGGUAUGUAGUUCCUAUUCGAACAUGGAGUCAUAAUAGUCAUUUGUGGGAUGAAAGAGCGACAAAGUAUGAAUUUCAGAAAAUCCUUAAUUACUUCGAAAGAUUUAACACUUGA